AUGGACGCCCCAGUGGAAGAUUCCGAUAUCAAACUCCAAAAGGUCUCAGCAGACCUCAUAUCCGAAUUUGACACGCGUCUCCCCCUGUUCUUGUUUCGUCGGCAGCGAAGCGGGGACAGCUCCCAAAAAGUGAGGAAGCAAGUCACAGCAAGAGAAGCAGACAGGUUGAUCGCCGGUUGCCUCGACCCCUUCCAAGAACUCCCCCAGCUCCUCGACCCCCACCUCUCCAAAUGGAUCUCCCUCCUCUCCUCCGCCUUUGUCUCCUCGCUCAACCUCGCCGCCACCUCGUCCCACUCACUCUCCAACGAUUACGACACCGCCAGCCCCGAAAAAGAAGCGCUCCUCAUCCCGCUGACCCAGGCCAUCAGCAAAAUAAUCUACACCCUCUGCAAGAUUCGCGGUGAAAAGGUCGUGGUACGGUUCCUCGGGAACGAAGUCUCCUGGCUGGAACCCCUGCUGUCAUUUACAGAACAAUGCCAAAAAACCAAAACAUGGGAAGAGAGGUAUGUCGGGCUGCUGUGGUUGAGCCAUUUGCUGUUUGCGCCUUUUGACCUGGCCACCAUUUCAUCAAACAACUACGAGGAUGCGGAUGAUGAAGACGAAGACGAAGAGAAGAAGACGGUGGUGGAGGGGCUGGACCUGCAGUGGGAGAAACUACCGGGAAUCACGGUUCGGGUCUUGCCUCUGGCGAUUCGGUAUCUGGCUAGCCCAGGGAAGGAAAGAGACGCGGCCAAGGCUCUGCUGGUCAGGUUGGCGCUGAGGAGGGACAUGCAAGAACUGGGAGUGUUGGAUGCUAUGGUCAGGUGGGCGCUCAAAGCGCUGAGGCCAAAGCAGGAGAAGACGCCAUAUCAUUACAUUGGUGUGUUGAGCUUUCUGGCGGGGGUGUUGACUUCUUCGGCGGAUACGUCGGAUAUGGAUCCGUACUUGGUGAUGGUUUUUCAUGCUGUUCAUGGGGCUGCUGAGAACAGGCAGGAGAGCGUCAUGGCGUCUGCGUUGGCAAGGAAGGCGGUUAUCAAGGUUAUAAGGGCCGUGGCGGUGUUGUUUUUGAGGGAAAACAAGGAUUUGUAUGAGGAUAUUGUCGGAUUGGGGCUGGUGGAAACCACGGUUGGGUUUUUGUUGGAUUGUCUUGGGGACAAUGACACCCCCGUGAGGUUUGCGGCCAGCAAGGCUCUGAGCAUUAUUACGUUGAGGUUGGAUCAGUACAUGGCCAGCCAGGUCGUGGAGGCCGUGCUGGAGGGACUGAACAAGAAUGUGUUGGAGGGUAGAGAGACGCCUGGAAAGAAGGACUUGAGUGCAGUCAACCCGUUGGAGUGGCAUGGGCUAAUGCUCACCCUCUCACACCUGUUGUAUCGGAGGUCACCACCGGCCGAUCAGCUGGCCGAGAUAGUCCAGGCACUUAUUACGGGACUGUCAUUUGAACGCAGAGCUCUCUCGGGAGGCUCGUCGGGGACAAACGUCAGGGAUGCAGCAUGCUUUGGAAUAUGGGCCAUGGCCAGGAGAUACACCACGAAAGAACUGCUUGCGGUCCCGACAGAGUCCAUGAUCAUAGGGGCGCAUGCUCCGGGUAGCUCUGUCUUGCAAAUCACAGCUACGGGGCUAGUUGUGGCUGCUUGCCUGGAUCCUGCGGGCAAUAUCAGACGUGGCUCCUCAGCUGCGCUCCAAGAGCUGAUCGGGCGACAUCCCGAUACAGUCACAGAAGGCAUCUGGGUUGUGCAAACGGUGGACUAUCACGCUGUUCCCUUGAGAGCCAGAGCGCUCCAGGAGGUUGCUCUGGGUGUCACCAAGCUUUCGCCACGAUAUGGCGAGGCUAUACUGGAGGCGUUGCUCGGAUGGCGAGGUGUCGGUGAUGCUGAUGCUGCUUCCAGACGGGCGGUCGGGGCUUCUUUCGGGGCGUUGACUGCAGAAUUGGCCUUGACAACCCCGGAUCCCCUCAAGAGGCUUCGACAAUCAGUCAGCUUAGCCAGAGGCGUCCUAACAUCUCUCCAAGCGCGUCAGGUGGAGGAAAGACAUGGCUUGUUGAUGAGUAUAGCUGGUGUGUUCGAUGGAUUUCCCAAAGUUGUCGGCGGGCAGGCGGAUUAUAAAAGUGAAAGCCUCAUCAGCUUUGUCAACUCUUCCGCAGACGGGGUGCUCGAAAUUCUCGAAGACUGCAACGCAAAGAUUUAUCGGCGUCCAGAGCUUGUCGCGGAAGGAGCCAGCAGGCUGAUAAUUUCUGCGGCCCCUAUCCUCCAAGCUGUUAUGUCCACUUCCGGUGUUCAAAAUUCACCCACAGCAAUAGUAUCUGGGCCAGAACUGAUAGAAGAAAACGCAGGCGAGAUCACCCAGCUGGUGAGGGCCCUAGGAGAAAGAGAAGGCCCGGUCAAGGGAUUUGUCAAGCUCACGAGAACAUACCUGGCAAAGUGGCUUCUCACGCAAGAGCCGGACCUGAUCACACCUGCUGCAGACGCAGCUCUCGCUAUGCUCAUAUUUAGCGACGAUGGUGAGCGCGAAGAAAUUGUCAGGGAGUGGGCAGGAAUUGUUCGGCACCGCCCGACAUCAUCCAGAGUUGCCACAUGGGGCGGGCAUUUCUCUGCACUUGCCAUGUCCUACUCGAUAGCCUCCACCCUCCAAACGGUUCAAAUCAAGAACUUGAUCUGUGAUUCAUUUGUGGAGAGGUGGAACACGGAUCCAUAUACCGAUGUUCAUGUUGCUGUCCUUCAGAGUCUUACGAGGAGCAACAGCAAGAGCGGUUUGCUGAGGGACAAUACGGAUAUUUUCCUACCUCUGAUAGCAGAGGGCCUGGAUGACUACACCACCACGGCACAAGGCGAUGUUGGUUCUAUGGUGAGGUUCCAAGCCAUCCGGGCGACAAAAGCCUUGUGGACAGAGCCACCUUCUGGGCCUUUGGUCGAAGGUUUAAUCCUGAGGAUCCUGCGCCUGGCAGCAGAGAAACUGGACAGAGUGCGCGCAGAGGCCCAGGUUGCCCUCUCUCUAGUCUUGAAACCAGAAUUCAGAGCCUCGUUCCUCCAAACAACCUUCUCCUCGACCGCGUACUUCACCUCACUCCUCUCCCUCCCCUCCAAGCUCCUCGAUUCUGUCUCCUCGUCAACUUUGUUCUCCAACCCCCAAGAGUGGCUCUGCUCCCUGUUAUCAGGCUACGUCUCCUCGGCAGACACGGGCAACGAAGAGCUUGUCAUCGCCACCAGAUCCGCUCUCUUGUCGCACUGUCUCGCCUCCCCUGACAUUACCCUGGACAUCGUCACCGCUCUGAUAUCGAACCUGAGGACUCAUCAGAAAAACGACAGGGUGCUGGUCCCGACACUGGAAGUGUUGAGAUUCUUGCUUGACAUGUCUGUUGUCUCUCCUGAGGGGAUAAACUGGAAGACGCUGUGUCUGCUUGUGCAAAAGGCGGCGUAUAAAACGGGGAAUGUGAGGAAACUGGAAGCCUGUAUUGGGCUGUAUGGCGGAGUUGUUCUACAGGGGGAAGGGGAGGGGAGAGAGGAAGCCAAGAAAAGACUGGGAGCGUUGAUGGUACAUCCUUGGCCUAGGGUGAGGAGUGCGGUUGUUGAUCAGCUUUGGAGGGUGUACAGCAGCGGCAGUAACGGUGAGGAGGAAAAAGGGGGGAAGUUGCUUGGUACUGAUUGGGGAGCUACCAAUAAGGGGUCGAUCCAGCAGCUGGUCAACGAGCUGGGGUUAACAGGUGCCUGA